CCAGGUACUCAAUAAAUCAUAAUGUAGCUUACGUCGUCUUUUAAAGUACUGUAUCCAGGCAUGGUGUCUGGUAUAAAAAAAGGGAUUGUGUUGGGGAAAAAAACCGAUUAAGCUGUCUCGAGAAAUACGUUAACUUGGAAUCUUACUAUUAGUUAAAAGAAACAUUUGAGAUUUCAAAAUCUUAAACAAUUACUUAAUGUGGAUCCGGAUUUGUUUUCUGAAAAACAAGAAAUUAUCAACAAAUUACAGUUUUGAAUUUUGGACAUUUUCAGGCCUAAAAAUGGAAGGUAUCUCUCAACGGGACAAACGUUUCAUCUCAUACCGCUCAAUGUGGCUGUACGGCGGGAAAAAUGGAGAAGUCAAUAACAGAACUAAUUUAGAUAUUUCCUUGGGAACAAUGGACCAUAGACCUACUCACAAUGACAAUCGUGUGUUCUGGACGUCUUCAGAUGUCUACCCAGAACAAAGCAAAACUCCAGCUGAGAGGGGAUAUCUUCCCGAGCGAAAGCCUAUUGAUCAUAAGGAUCCGGAAAUUCCUGAUAUGAAAACAAAAAAUACGAACAUAUACGAUUAUCAUUCCUACAAAACUAUAUUACAAUCCUUCUCGACUGAAGUCACGAGCACUCACGGACUUCCACAUGUCUUUAAGUCUACCAAUUAUCUAAGUCGCUGUAUCUGGGCCGUUUUGUUUCUCACUGGUGUAAGCCUGUUUAUUUGGCAGACGUCUGUCCUGGUUAAGCUUUAUCGUGAUUUUCCUAUAAACGUAAAGAUUGAAGUAGUGACAAAUUCCGAGCUCCAUUUUCCCAGUAUCACAAUUUGCAACACAAAUAAACUUCGGCGUUCUGCUGUUGAAAAAUCAAAACAUAGACAAACUCUUGUUGUGGACAAGGGUGUAACCCUUCCAUACUACGAGCCAUGCCUAGCAGGCGACUUCAUGUGUAAUACUGGCCGUACUUGUAUUAAGCAGUAUCUAAGAUGUGACGGCAUAAAUCAUUGCAAAGACUUCAGCGAUGAGUACAAUUGCGUGUAUGGAGAGUGCAAUAAUGAUAAUCUUUUCAAAUGCAAUAAUGGUAGCGAUGCAGGCAUAUGUAUUAGUCGACAUCUCGAGUGCGAUCGCUCUAAAGAUUGCUAUGACGGUGAAGACGAAGACAAUUGUGAGUGCAAAUCACGUGAGUUUAAAUGUGAUCAAAGAGGUGGAUGCAUACCUAAAGAAAAUGUUUGUGACGGCAAUAAUGACUGUACAGAUGGAUCUGAUGAAAUUGCUUGUGAUAAUGAAAAGUGUUCCGAAUCUGUUGGUUAUUUAUGUGAAAGGGAACAAAAAUGCAUCCCUCUUAGCUACCUGUGCGACGGCCUCGUCGACUGCGACACGGGAGUAGACGAAUUCGCUGACACAUGCUUAGUGGCUGCCAAGACAACAUUAGCUCCAUCUGUGUGCACCGUUGACGAAUUCCAAUGCGACGGAGAAAGAUGUAUACACAUCUCUUGGAGGUGCGACAAUUUUAUUGACUGCUUAGAUACUACGGAUGAGCAGACUUGCGGUGAAACCAGUGGCAGUGGUAGUUUAGAUUCAUGUAAUACCAAUCAGUUCCAAUGCCAGUAUACCUACGACUGCAUCAAUUCGCAAUAUCGAUGCGACGGUAAUAUAGAUUGCGUUGAUGGAUCAGAUGAAGCCAAUUGUGAAUGUGAUGGUUUUCAAUGUUUGUCCGAUUCAGAGUGCAUUUCCGAAAGCUGGAAGUGCGAUAUCAUAGUAGACUGUGAGGACGGCUCGGAUGAAACUGACUGUUCAUAUACUCCUCAAAUUACCUUUUUAUUUUGUAAAUAUACAGUGUGUAACGGGACAAUAUGUUAUGAUUAUUCCGGUGAAAGCAUUUGUAUUACUGAUUUUAUGAAAUGUAACGGGAACGCUGAAUGUACCGAUGGCUCUGAUGAAUCCAUCGAUGUUUGUCCUGAAUUAUACACAGAGUGUUACGUACGAGAGAAUGGACAAGACUACAGUGGGACGGUUAGUACCACCGAUGAUGGACGAACCUGCGACUAUUGGAGCAGCCAGAAUUAUAACGAACCUUCGAACUAUUGUCGUAAUGUAGAUGGUACACUUGGAGGACCAUGGUGUUUCCCUAGCGGGAGUGUGGCUUCGAAAGUACUCUGUAGUGUUAUCCCGCCAGUUGAUCCUGCAUCUGGUACAUGCAAGCCAGUACCGGAAGUACGAUUGGUCGAUGGUCCAACAGCAUUCAUGGGUCGAGUGGAGAUUAAGUAUAACGGAGUAUGGGGUACCGUAUGUGACGACGAAUGGGAUAGGGAAGAUGCUAAUGUUAUUUGUAAGAUGAUUGGAUAUGAGAGGGCAACUGAAGCUCACAGUUUGGCAUAUUUUGGAAUGGGAUCAGGUGACAUCUUCCUUGAUGACAUUGACUGUCUUGGGACCGAGAGUAAUAUAGCAGACUGCAUAUUUCCUGGAUGGCGAGUAGAGAAUUGCGCUCACAGCGAAGACGCGGGGGUCACCUGCUACCAAGAAGGAGCAGUAAUACCUGACUGGACACAACCAGCUAAUAAUUACUAUGAGUCUAGUAGCGCAACAGUAUGUGGCGGAGGUAGUGGAAGCGGGUAUACCGGUACUUACUCAACAUAUGACCAUGUGAUUGGGCAAUCCUAUUCCAGCACUGGCCCCCACAGCAGUUUUAUGAGUGGGUCAGAGUUAGACUCAUUAUCGUUUACCCCUACUGGGACAGAAUUAUAUGAGACUGACUCAUCAUAUGAGCCUUCCUUUACUUCUGACAAUGAUGGACAAGACAUAUCUCUUGUUUCGACAUCAUAUACAUCGUCUUCAACAUUAACGACUAAUCGACAGGAAUCAGAAGCGUUCUCUCUUACAUCAACGAAUUAUUGGCAGGAAUCGCCAGAGUCACAAACGUCAUAUGAGUCAGCUCCAACACGUGAGACUAAGUUUAUUACCACGUCUGAAUCGGAGAGUACUACAGAUAUAUUUUUAUACACAGAGGUGGGCAAAGUUACGGAUUCCUUGCCAAAUGAAGACUCUAGUAGUCCUAGUACACAAUCAGACGGGUUAAUUACAGGUGUAACAGAAUCAACCAGGAAUGUAUCAGAAGAAAUGGUAGGUCGUAAAAGGAGGAACAUCAACGAAGAAGAAAUAGCUACUAACAGAAUGUCUAACAUCACUUGUGAUCUAAGUGAUGCGUUUCAUUGUUCAUCUGGUGAGUGCAUCCAAAUAUGGAUGACUUGUAACAAUUUUCCUGACUGUGAAGAUGGCAGCGAUGAACUUGUUUGUGGAUCUGUGUUAAACGAUUGCCACCCCGGUGAAGUGAAAUGUGAACGUGGAGAGAGGGAAUGCAUCGCUGCUGUCAAAGAAUGUGAUGGCGUUGACGACUGCCCCAAUGGUGAGGAUGAAAGUAGGAUCUACUGCCAGGAAGACACACCAUACUCACCAUGUCCUGAAAACUAUUUUUACUGUACCAGUGGAUUGUGCGUGCACGAUUAUUAUCGAUGUAACUCUGUAUAUGAUUGUUUCAAUAAGAAAGACGAAGAAAAUUGUACCGGUAAAGAUUUCUCGCUCGAGGAAGAAACUUUCCCUGAUGGAUGGAAUUCACCUUACACUAAGUACACCAGCAACCCUAAAGUCUUCAAAGAUUUUCAAGACAAUUUUUACAAUGACCGUGGAUUUAGUAGGGUCAAAGGUGAACACCCGCCUGACUGGCACAGUUUCAUAACCUUUAGUUCUUCUCCAGAUUACAGUGAUUUGGAAAAUGUGUUGAAGCUUGGAGAAGAUGAGAUCAGGGAACUGGGUCACCAAGCCGAAGACUUUAUUUUGCAGUGCACUUACGACCAGAGACCAUGUAAUUUAAGUAAGUUGGAGAACUUUCAAGACGACCGCUAUGGUAAUUGUUACAUAUUCAAUCAUGGUCGGGGUUCCGAUGUAGUCUCUAACUCAACAAGAACAGGAGCAAAAUACGGUCUUAAACUAACGCUUUUCAUCGAGCAGAAGGAGUAUAUAAGUAUUUAUGGACGGGAAGCUGGUGUUAAGGUCGUAGUAGAUACACAGGAUCGAGUUAAGUUUCCUCAAGAUGAAGGAAUCAUUAUCAAGCCCGGGGCUAUUACGUUUGUCAGCCUUCGAUAUAAUGUUGUUUCAAAACUUGGAGAACCACACGGUAAAUGUAACUCCGAUUCCGAGAACUAUUUGAAAAAUUUGAAAAAAGCGUAUGGUAUUACAGGGGACAACUUCAAAUACGACACAGCGGGAUGCGAAAAAAGCUGCGUUAUUAUCAAAAUCAAAGAGGAAUGUGGCUGUACCGACACGAUCACCAAUGACGCCAUUGAACGAUGUAAUGUUCUCAAUAAAACACAAGACGUAUGCACACAGCUAAUGUAUUACUUCUACAACCAGCAGCUAUUGAAUUGCAAUUGUCUCCAACAAUGCCACAAAGGAUAUUACAGCCAAACAGUAUCACAAUCUACCUGGCCAUCAGAUGUCUACCUGAGCCAACUUUUACGGAGUAUCCACAGUAUAAAUGAUAAAACUCGCUACAUUAAUGAUGAAACGGCAUUGAGCAAAGACGUAGCAAGGUUGGAAGUGUUUUUCGAAGAACUUAAUUAUCAAAGCACAAAGGAGGAACCAGCAUAUCUUAUCGAGAACCUAAUUAGCGAUAUCGGCGGUACGGCUGGGUUAUAUAUUGGCAUCUCAAUCAUCAGCUUCUGUGAGUUCGUCGAGUUGGUGUUCCAGUUCUUGAAAUAUACAAAGGUGUGGAUGUCGGGUGCUAAGAAAUAAGUACAGUUGUCACCAACAGACGAGGAGCCGUCAUAUGUAACCUGACGACAAUAUAAUGAAUACAUUAUAAAAAUAUUUUAGAAAUAUUUUUAUAUACAUUUAUAUUUUGACUCCGCCCUGUAAGUUGUAGAUGAGCUAGAAAUAAUUGUAAUGCUUAUAUACAUGUUUAUGCCUAUUGCUAAAUACACACAAAGAAGUACUACAAAAUUAUACAUAUCAGCGACUUCAGAACUUAGCUGCAAACAUUAGAACUUUCACAGACUGUCACUUUCUCACAUUACCUCUGUCCUCCAGAAGCCUCUCAUUAAAGAUCCUGAUCUUUAAUUUCAAAGCAUUUUAAAAAGCAAUCUACUUACAGUCAUCAACUCACACCCUUCAUGUUCAUUUGAUUUACCUGACGCAUAGCCAACAAAAUUAUUUAGAUAAUAAACGUCUAUGUUUCGGCAGCGAGUGAAAGUUGUCUGUUGGAGGCAAAAAUGCAAACGAGGCUAAAGAAAAAAAUCGAUUGCCAAAAAUAGAUAAAAAAUAAUUAUAAUAAUAGUGAGAAAAUCAAUACUUAUAUCCAUUAAUGAUAAUUAUUAAAAAUCUUAUGUAUUAAAAAAUAAAUUAAAAAUCAAAACAAUAUUGCUAUUAAUGUAUUACUGUUAUUGGUCACUGCGAACAUUUGAUUAUGAAUAUUGCAUUAUAUUAUCAUCACUUAUAAUAUAUUUAUUGUUGUAAUUAUUGUUAAAAUUAAAAUUAUUAUUGUUAGAAUUAAUUGGUAUUAUUGAAAAUAUUAUUAUUUAUUAGUAAUUGGCGAAACCGAGCCAGAUAUAUAAGCUCAAAUGAGAUCAGAUAUAGUAUAAGUCAGCAAUAGAGAACCUAAGGUCGAAAUGGGGGGUGGGGAAUUAUGAUUGAGAAAAGGAUUUAGGACACAGUGUCUCUGUUAUAUAUAUAAUUAUUGAUAUACAAGUAUAUAUAUUUAGGCCUAUAUGUAUAUAUAUAGGCCUAUAUAGUCUUUAAUAAUAAUAAUAAUAAUAAUAAUGAUGAUGAUGAUGAUGAUGAUGCUGAUGAUGAUGAUGAUGAUGAUGAUAAUAAUAAUAAUAAUAAUAAGAUUUAUAAAGCGCACAAAUCCACUGCAGUAGUGCUUUCUCAUUCUGGAUGUUUAGCUGACGUUUGUAUUUUAGCUUUUGCUAAAUAUCAUAUUUUGUAUAUUAUUACAGAUAUUUAAUAAAUACAAUGCUAAAAUAUAAAAUCAUGAUUUUAUAAUCGUAUCAAGUAUAGCCAUGUAGAGGUUCAUUAUUUCCUUUAUAAGAUUCCUCUUCUGUUAGAUUUCAUUAUUAUUUAUUUAUUGCAUUAUCCGGCUCAUUGCUUUUAAUUUUUCUAGGCAUGAAAAUAUAAAUAAAUAAUAAACGUGAUUCUAUAAUUAUAGGUAUAGCCAUGUGCAGUUUUAUUGAUAUUGUUUUAUUAAUCAGAUUCUACUUCUGUUAUAUUUCAUUACUUAUUUAUUGCAUUACUAUUUCUUUAUUGCAUUAUCCGGCUCAUUGCUUCUAAUUUUCCUAGCAUAUAAGUCAAAAAUAUCACCUUGUAUUUUCAUAAAUUGGAAUAUAUAUUUAGAGAUUACAAUGCAAUUUGAUGAACAAGUAUCUUUAGUGACGUUAUUAUGAGUUUAGUAAAUGAUUGUCGAUGUUAUUAUAAUUUAUUUUCUUCUAGCAACAAAAUUGAAAUAAUAGUGCCCCUUUAUGUUGCCCUUAUGAUUUUUAUUUAGCUUAACUAACGUAUUAUAAGUUUAUUUAGUUUGAUCUCCUUUUUAUUAUAAGGUUUGUUUUAUAAUGCGCCACAGAUUAAGUGAAUAAAAUAUGGUGACAGUAUCGU